AUGGCAGACACAGACAGACAACUAAGCGCCAUCGACAUCCUCAUAACCCGUCAGAACAUCGCUCUCGCACGAAGUCAAAAACUGCUGCAAUCAUGGCUUCCAGCAAAGGCUUCCGAGCAGCCCACUUCUGCAGCUGCAGACAGCGAUCAGGAUGACUUUCAAGGUCUGGGCGAGGCUACAGGCAUAGGUGCGAAGCGCAAGAAUGAAGAUGACAGUGAGCUUGGCGGAAUCCUCAAACGUAGACGGACAGACAACGACAAAUUGCUUGAGAACUUGAUUGGCAAAAAAGCUGCUCAAGCUCGCAAGAAGUCGCAAGAGGCUGAAAAGAGCACACAUGCGGCUCGGAAGCCGUUAGAGUCGCAGAAACUGAAGAUGUUCAACAAGCCUGCUGAGAGCGAGGAUGAGGAAGAGGGACGAGCUUCGGCUUUCACGUCAAAGAAACAGAGGAGAUCGCAAAAGAAUGCUACGAUGCCGGUGGACGCUGUCGCUGUGGCCGGAGCAGAUGAUGAAGAUACAUUGAACGGAGACGCCGAGCCUCCAGAUCCGAGGGAGGAUGCUGCGGUCUUGAAGGAACUAGCCGGCCAAGCUGACAUCGCCGCCGAUGAUAGCGAAGCCGAAGACCCAAGACCGCAGAAGAGGAAGGCAGGGAGUUAUCUCGACGAAUUGCUAGCCCAAAAGGCCAAAAAGAAGAACAAGAAAAAGAAGAAAGGCAAAAGUGAUGUCUGA